GACGGACAAGAAUGGGUUGGGGUGAAAUGCAUUCGAGUUUCAUUUGAUUUUCAAAAUAAAAAGAUCUCUAAAACAAAACAAAAACGACUUUACUAUUUUUACUUUCCAUAAAUAUCAGUGAUAUUAUAUCACUUAAUUUAUGCUAAAUUGCUAAAUUUGGAUUCCUAAAUUCCUAACCUAAUUCAUAUUAAUUCAAAUUCAAUAUUAUAUAAUAUAAUUUAAAUAUAAUUUAUAUUUAAACGUCGUUUUAAACAAUUUUGUUAAUCGUGACAAUCAGGCAUUUUAAACAGAACUACGAACAAUAUUGAACAGACAACAGUUUCUAGUUAAUUCGUAACUUUAUUUUACCAAUUUGCCAAUUUCAUUCAUAAUAAUGAUUCGCCGGUCGCCGACACGAAUUGAAUUAAAACUCGAAGACCUCAAUGAUUUUGAGUACAUUCAAAAAUUUGAAAAGAAGAAGAAUCCUUCCGGAAACGUCCUUGCUGCUGCAGAUGCACAGAAAUUGGUACGUCAAGAAAGAAUCGGACUAGGUUUUCGACCAAUCCGGGCUUCUAGCAACGUGGGGUCAAAUCAAGGAUCAUUCAACAGUGCAACUGCCAUUACAUCUGCUGUUGGAGGUGCGUCCAUUUCAGACAUAGGAGAUCCCGUCACGCCAACCAAUAAUGGUGACAAUUCUGGAGCUGACAGCGGUGGUUUGAACCUGAUUAACAAUACUUUAGAUGAAGGAAUGUUGAACCUGAUUGUCAAUGAUAGUCUUGGCACCGUCAAUAACACAAACGCGUCCAACAUGAGUAUGGACGAGUCAUUAUAAUAGUCAUAAUCAUAAUUGUUUUAGGGCAGUGUCAAAAAAUUAGA